AGGGAAGCACGCGUGGCGAGGCAGGUGGGUGAGGAGCGGCUGUGUUGGUCCGGGCGGGCUGCCCCGCUCUGGGCUUGCCCGCCGCGCUCCGCCCGCCUGCCGAGCGGCGUGGCUGUCGGUGCCCACCCCUCCCGUUACGACGGCGGCUGCUUGGCCGCCGACCCCCGAUAGCGGUUGCGUGGCCGCCCUGAACCUCCCCCCCCGCCCCGUAACGGCCGUUGCACGGGCGCCUUCAACCCCCCCAACCCCUCAUCCCCUCAUUUUGGCAUAACCGGGGUGGUGCUCCCCCGAGCUCCGUGCAAGCCGUCGGGGUAGCUUCCCAGGCCGGCCCCCUGUCAGUUGUUGGGGGUCAGGGUUGUGCUCUGGGUCUCCUCCGCGCUGCUCCGUGCUGCCAUGUUUGUCCUGGUCGAGAUGACCGACACGGUCAGGAUUCCUCCCUGGCAGUUUGAAAGGAAACUGAACGAAUCCAUUGCUGAAGAGCUAAACAAGAAAUUGGCCAACAAGGUUGUGUACAACGUUGGCCUCUGCAUCUGUCUGUAUGAUAUCACAAAACUGGAAGAUUCAUACAUAUUUCCUGGAGAUGGUGCAUCACAUACCAAAGUGCAUUUCCGCUACGUGGUCUUCCACCCCUUCCUGGAUGAGAUUCUGAUCGGGCAGAUUAAAAGCUGCAGUCAGGACGGCGUUCACGUUUCUAUUGGAUUCUUUGACGAUAUUGUCAUCCCACCAGAAUCCCUGCAGCAGCCAGCUAAGUUCGAUGAGGCAGAGCAGGUGUGGGUGUGGGAAUACGAGACGGAAGAAGGAGCCCAUGACCUGUACAUGGACAUUGGGGAGGAGAUCCGCUUCCGAGUUGUGGAUGAAACAUUUGUUGAUACAUCACCGACAGGUCCAAGCUCUGCAGAGGCUUCCACUUCAAGUGCCACCGAAGAAGUCCAAAAGAAAGAGGCGCCCUACACUCUUGUGGGAUCAAUCAGUGAGCCGGGCCUGGGCCUCCUGUCGUGGUGGACAAACAGCUAGCAGCAGUCAGAGCCUGCUCCACAGAAAGGCUUUCCAGUGGAUGUUUGGGGGAUUGUGGGAUCAUGCUGGUGCUUAUUGCUCCUCUGAAGCUGAAUGAGAAAUUAGACCUGUCAGUCUCUGUUUCCCCUUCAGCUUCCAACCUGCCAGAUCGAGACAGUCUCUUUCAAGAAAUGUCUUCACUGAUCUGUAGAAGUGAAUUUACAGGCACAAAAAGCCUGGAGCACAGCAGCAACAAACUCAGCUGGAGCUUUGGUCUCCUGCUCUGCAGGGAAAACUAGGGAGGUCUUUCCUUGCCUGAGUUAAGAAGGGAGUUGACUUUGGUGAGUGAAAGCAAGAGAGAAUGCCUGUCACAAAGUAUUGCUUCCUUGGGCUGAGCGCUUGGUUUUGGAGGGGUAGAAACCUGCCCUUCUUUCGAUGGGAAAUAAAGAAGAACCAGCAAAAGAAUAAACAGAGGCGCGGUACACUGGAGACCUGGAAAAUGCUGCUGCUGGGAGGGCAAGGGUCACUUUCUGCUAAGAGUGGGAACUGAACCCAUGGGUGAAGUCAGCCAAAGAGAACUGGAAUGGCAGUUAAUUUACCCAAAAGUAAUUUAGGCUCUAUGAAGAUGACCACUGUGGAAGGCUACAGGCUGCUUAUUGUGCUGAAUGGAAAUACUUCAUUGGGUGGGCUGUAUUUGUGUAGAAUGAGCUAAACUUUGCAGCAGUGUGGCUGAAAAUACAUAAUUAUGAACUGAAAUGGACCAGGGCUGCUUUGAGCAAGUUAAAUACUUGUUUGUGGGGGGUGUGUUAAUACCAGAAAUGGAAUAAAUAGUAAAAAAAAAACACA